UAUAUCAGUUCAAUCUCAAUCUCAACGCAUACCAUGAGCGGGUCAAUCACCAAAAGAAAAAAGUAGAGAAAUCUAGAUGCUCAGCUGCCAACUUAUCUGGACAAUAGAAGUAUAUCCUGUACCACAUCGGAAUGUAUCCAUCAAGGACAAAGACAACUCGAGACCUGAAUCUCGAGCAUAAAAGCACCUAGAUCUCCUGUCCCCUUGGGUAUCGACAUCAGCAUCACUACCACUUUCCUCAAGCAUAACAAUUCAACGAAGCAGUGACAAAAUGCGUUUCACCAUCCCUCUUACCCUCUUCUUCGCCGCCCUGGCUAUUGCUGCUCCGGCUGCAGAGGCAGACAAUGAUGUCGACGCUGCAGUGUCUGAGGACCCUGGUCUGGCUGAUGCGCAGCGCUGUCGGCCAGGAUAUAGACAGUGCAUGGAUAACUGCAACCGUCACCACGGAGGUGAACGCUGCUACCGGGCUUGUCGGGCUCACUACUGCUAGUGACUUGCCCCAUACACACCUGAUUGAUCGUCGGGUAGUCUCAAGAGAGAAUGAUUGAUUUGAUAUUGUGCUCGUUCCGUUGACGUCAACGCAAGCUAUUGUCCUUCUUUAACUAAAUCGAGCUGUCUUAUGUCA